CUUUUAUUUACACGGGGGUGUGAACAAUUUGUUGAUAACGAACCAGAAAGAACAAUUUUCGGGUCCAAAAAGAGAGCCAUGGUUCGAGGAAUGGGCCACAUGGGUUCGGCCGGCGAAGGGAUUGGUUUGGUCUUCUUGACCCUGGCUUUGUGCAUUGCUAUUAUGUUCGAGCAAUGUCAAGGUCGCAGUGCCUAUGAAGAGCCAGCAAACUGUCUACGCCUUGAGUGUGCUCCAUAUCAGGUGAUUCACAGUCAAAAAGACUAUGAAAUUAGAAGUUACAGAACAGCGACUUGGAUUUCUACUUCACCACUCAACUCUAACUCGUACAAGGAUGCAGUUGGUCAUGGUUUCAACAUCCUCGCUAUGUAUAUUCAAGGAAACAAUGAUCAGGCAGCAAACAUCAACAUGACAGCUCCAGUUUUGGUAGAUAUGUUUUCAUCAACCACGAGUUCCCGCAACCAAACCUUUACUGUGCACCUCUAUUUGCCACAAAAGUACCAAAAUAACCCUCCUCUCUCCCGUCAAGUACAUCCAGUGAAGCUGCCUAAACACCGCCAUGCAGCUGUGAAGAGGUUUGGAGGUUUUUUGAACGACACCAUCAUCCCUGGACAAGUUUUGGCGUUGAAGAAAAGCCUCGAGGGCACCCCCUGGGAAUCAUCCAUAGCAAGGACACAAAGCGGGGGUCGUGUGCCUUGCAGUGUUGCUGGCUACAACUCGCCCUACGAAUAUGAGAAUCGUGUAAAUGAAGUCAUGUUUUGGUUUGAUUAAUGUUGACCAGUCAUUUGUACACACAGUUAGGUAAUGGAGGAAAAGGCAAGAAAAGAAAUAAGCCAUCUUUAUCAAAGGAUAUGCUACCCAAUUGCUUAAGAUUUCCUUU